AUUUUUCAUUUAAAAUAGAAUCAUUGUAUGAUUGUUCUAAAUUUGUUACUUAUUAUUUGUAUAAAUGUAUUAAUAACUAUUUUGUUAUUCAUUUUUCAAGAUGUCUGGAAAUCCUACAGGUUCAUCAAGGAGGAGAUCUUCCUCCUCAGGAUCACAAGAGCAACACAAUUUUAAUCACCCACAGCUGUUUACUGAUAGUACCGUAGCUCCGAAUAUACAGCAAACGAUUGAUCCAUUAAUGAAUUAUAAUUUUUCACCUGAUCAUGAGAACGAGGACCCUUCAUCCUCGACGGGGAAAAAAGGAUGGAGCAGGAAUUUCAAAGGAAUACGCCCUCCAGAAAAUAGAGAGAGCAGGGGAGCAAAGAAUAGGAGCUCUGGGGAAAGGGUGACUCACACCACUAGGUCCGUUAGCUUUGGCAUCCAUGAGAUGCGGAUGACUGAGUCUAGAGGUGGUGUGCAACCUCCCCAUCAGCAGAAAUUCAAAGAGAUGCACACCUUCAGAAAAAAGGCGGGAAAAGAUCAAGAGCCAUCGUGGAUCAAUGAAAAGCAAAGUAUCGAUAUUCAUGGCUCUGAUGCUAGUUCGUGGCCACGCAUGGAUAACGAGGCAUGGGUUAAGGUUGUUAGAGGUUGCUCAUCUAAUUUCAUGAUAGGGAUUGGCUCCCAAGUAAAUCUAGAGAUGGCAAAAGAUCAUGAGGAGUUAGAAAGACAACGCCAACAAAUUGCUUUGAUGCAACAGCAGCUGGCCAAUAUGACAGAAGCUCAGAACAAUAUGAGCCAGACAAUUGCACAGUCUGUUGCAGCAGCUCUAGCUGCUCAUGGCAUCUCCCCUCAGGCAGGUCAUCAUCCAGUUGCCCCACCACAGCCGUCACAUGGUCCUGGCUCAGGUCUUUGCAUGAAUUCAGCUUUCACCUACUCCACUGAUUCUACACAAACCUCUCCUAUGGUCCCUGAAUAUCAGCAGCAACAGCAGUUUCCGCCUCAAGAUGAUGAUGCAUACCAUCCUACUUUUGAUCCAGACUAUCAGGGUCCUUAGUUUUUUUUAUUUUUCUGCUACGCACAUUAUCUGCAUACUUUGCAUGGUUGGCUUUAUUUCUAUUAGUACUUUAAACUGUUAGCUUUAGCUUUUAUUACGAUAUAUUUUCUUAUUUUGCUUGACCUCUAGUGAUCAUACUUCAAAAGGUAUGAAAUUUUGGACUGCUUUGGAGGUUAAUUAUUAUUAACUAAAUAUCGUGGGUAUUUAAAACAAUGGUGUGUGAUUGCCAUAUAUACUUUGUGGUUGUAGUUGUGGUUGAAAAGGUAUAAUUGUUUUUAGCAUACUAGACUUGUAGAAUAUAUGAGUUUUUCAUUG